AUGGCACGAUUCCCUACCAGUGGAUCAUCAGUUUCCCUUUCGAAGGCUGAACAAGACUUUGAAAUGUUCCAGCAAUGGAUGGCGGAGCAUGGAAGAGUCUCCCCAAACUCUGAAAAAAGCAACACUAGAUUCCAAAUAUUCCAAAGGAAUCUCAAGUACGUCACUGACACGAAUGCCAAGAGAUCCAAUUCCUCUGGUGCCUAUUGUUUGGGACUCAAUAAGUUUGCUGAUAUGAGUCCAGAGGAGUUUAAGAGAGUAUACCUCCGUCACCCGGAGGUUCCAACCACAAUCGCACCGGCUACCUCUAGGUCGGGAUGUACGCAGCAAAGCAAUUCAUGUGAAAAUUCACCUUCUUCCAUGGAUUGGAGGCAGAAAGGAGUUGUGACUCCAGUUAAAAACCAGCAAAGAUGUGGAGGUUGUUGGGCAUUCGCAACCAGUGGGACCAUUGAAUCAGUGAAUGCAAUAAGAACCAGGGAACUUGUUCGCCUUUCUGAACAAGAACUUGUGGAUUGUGACCUCACCAACCAUGAUUGUUCAGGAGGAUUUCCCAUGAAGGCCUUUAAAUGGGUGGUCGAAAAUGGUGGGCUCAGUAAAGAUGAUUAUCCUUAUGUUGGUGAAAGGGGUUAUUGCAAAGCUGAAAAGGCUUUUCAUGGAAGUAUCGUCUUGGAUGCAUUUGGUCCCGUCACAGCACCGCCUCCAAGAUCCUUUGCAAAGUCAGUGCAAAGGAGGAAGCAAAGUCCUCAAAACUCAUUGCAGGAUCUGAACCGCAUUUCUGAUAGCAGCAAUAGCAGUGAUUCUUCCGGCAUCUCUGUUGAAGCUUCAAGAGGUUGCCUCAGAUUUUUCCGCUCCCACUCUUCUUCCUCUUCCUCAAAAUCUUCUACCUCUAGAACAAAAUACCUCUCCAAAACUCCCAAUUCAAUCCUCAAUGUGCCUCCUCUGAGACAGCCUAAAGCUAAAGAGAACCUUGCAAAAGGUAAUAGUGGGAAGCACACUGAAGCUUCAGAGAAGGUUCAAAAAUUUAAGAAGAAUCCCCCGUGCCUUUAUCAGAGGCAACCUGGGAAUAAAUCACGUUCUAAAAUUGGCCAAAAAUCCAUGUCCUCUUCUGUUCUAAAUGACCAUUGCAAUUUUCUUCCUAGAUUGCCAUCUCUAUUUGAAGAGUCCCCACCUCAUAUUCUGUCCUAA